AGAAAAUAAUUUCCGGUCAAGUUGUCAAAAUGGCAGGAACUGAGUAUGAAAGUGUUCUAUGCGUCAAACCGACAGUUCAUGUGUUUCGAAUACCACCGAGAGCUUCAAACAGGGGUUAUAGAGCUGCAGAUUGGAAACUUGAUCAGCCUGACUGGACUGGCAGACUAAGGAUUGUAGCCAAGGGAAAAGACCUGGCAAUUAAACUAGAAGAUAAAAACUCAGGCGAGCUGUUCGCCAAAUGUCCUGUGGAGCAGUAUCCUGGGAUAGCCGUGGAGUCAGUGACAGAUUCCAGUCGCUACUUUGUUCUACGAAUUGUGGAUGAGAGUGGUCGAUCUGCAUUUAUAGGCAUUGGUUUUGAAGAUAGAGGUGAUUCCUUUGACCUGAAUGUAGCCUUGCAGGACCAUUUCAAGCAUGUAAAGCAAGAGAAGGAAGCAGAGAAAAGUGGCAAAGAACUGGAUAAGGGGCCAAAACUGGAUCUGGGCUUUAAAGAGGGCCAGACUAUACGGAUAAACAUCUCAACUAAAAAGUCAGAGGAGGAUGGAUCUGCUAAGAAGUCGCGUCCAAAGCCUGGGGCCGGGGGCAGUGGUGGGCUGGGAUUGCUGCCUCCACCCCCUGGGGGAAUCAAGCUACCCCCACCCGGCGGCGCCUUAGGUACUGCACCCUCCCUCCCUGCACCCUCACACCUGCUGACAUCAAACAAGAACUCUCAGUUUCAGUCAAAUUCCUCUGCAAGUAGUGUUCCAGCGUUUUCAGCAUCCGGGACAAAUGUUGAUAUACUCUUAGAUCUAGGAAUGGACAAUUUCUCAAGUUCAAAUUCUAGUUAUUCCAGUAUGCAGCAUGGUCAAUCGAGUCAAGGUCAGUCACAAGGUCAAAGUUCAUUGUUUGACCCCAGUUUUGACCUGUUGACUGGGUCAUCGGAUAGUGUAAAGCCGGCGGGUGGCUCUUCUGACCCGUGGGGUGAUUUUACCAGCGCAAGGUGGCAGAUAGAAUGAGAAGCUUAAAAAUGUCUACAUUCUCAUCACUACUUCCAACACGAGUUCAAGUUCGGACAUCAGUUGGGUAAACUUUUCCUGAAGAUGGGACACAGUUUGAAUUGUGGGGGACAUUAUUUGGACAUUUCUUGGUCGGCAAUACUUUGGUACCAUGUACUGAAGUCCUUGGCCGUCUGGUUUGAAAGCAUUAGAAACACUAUUGUCUACAAGCGUUUUUGGUUUUGAUUUCCAAACAGACAUGGAUGCUGUUACAAGUUUUGCAGACAUCCAGAUUUGUUCACGACGAUCUACUUUUUAUUGCCAGCGCAAUGAAAUAUAGGAAUGUACACUGGAUUCAUCAUUUACGUUUGUUUGUCCAUACAUCUGUAGACCCUGUCGAUGCUUUUCAUAUACUCUUAUCAAUUUACAACAUUAAAGCUUUUAAGCACGGUUCCUUAUAAUAUGAAGUUGUGAAUGUGCAAUUUUUUUUAUCCUACCGUAUACAUUUCAAAAUGUAUGGUAUGCUUCUUUUUUAUCUUAUAGUUUCAAUUAGUUUGUUAUUUUAAUUUAACUUUAAAUACAUAUUACAACAUAUGACAUCAGUGUGUAAUUAUCUUUACUGUGAAAAGCUCUAGGUUAAGUGGACAUUACUUUAUAAUAUUACUGCAAUUAUUUGUUGUCAUGAAAAUCUCUCUUGAUUAUAUUUGAGCAUCAUGCACUGCUAGCUGUUCUGUUUUGUUUGUUAUGAUGUGAAUAGUAGAUAAACAUUGUUGACAGUUUUGACGUACAGUUGUGCCUGAAAUGAUACAUAAUAAAAACAAAGCAUUAGCAGAACUUAUUGUUUCCAUAGUAAAAUAACUUCAUUGAAAUAUUGGGUGAAGAAUUGUCAAUAACUGGUAUUCAUGCCUUUUUACCCAAGUGACGCAAAUGUAAUGGUCCAGUGAAUUCUCGCAUUUAUUUGCCAAGUUUUAUGACGGUCAUCAGGUUGUUAAACACAUGGGGGUUGUGUCAUAGAAAAAAUGCAAAUAGGUUUAAUUCAUAUAAAAUGCAACAGUCCAAAAAAAUUAUAAGUAAUUAAUUAUAGGGGAAAAUCAGGAUAUCUGAACAACUGAAGUAAAAAAAUAUUGUUAUUUUUGGCUAGAAGAAGGUGUCCAAAACUUAAUAGUUUUUACAUGAACUUAUUUUGUGGACAUUUUAUUGAAUAAUUUCAGCAUUUUUAUCAAGUUUUUAUUAACUUAUCAUUAGAUAAAUGCAAGAAAAUAAACUAAUAUUGGUAAUUAUAUUAAUUUAUAAUUGUGUAAAGAUGAAACAAUGUGUGCAUUGAAGGAAAAGCUUCAGUACAUUAAUGAUUUUGGGCUUAAGUGCACUAGGUUAUUUGCCAAUUAAUAAAUACUAACAUUAAAAUGAUAAAUGCAAUACAAUGGCGUCUUCUGUGAUUUAUAUGUGAUUAAAUGUAAAUUUGAGUCAUAUGCAUCUUUUUAAAAAGUGAUAUAAACGUAUGCCUGUUUUAUGUAUAUUAUGGGUUUUUCUUAAAAGGCAUUACCAGGGUGCAGAAUCAACGGGGUUUUCAGGGGCUUACACACGAGCUGGACAGAAUGUAAACACCCUGUUAAGAAAUUAAUUUUUGCAAAUAUCUUAAGUUAUUGAAAUACAUUUGCAAAAAUCUUUAGUGCAUAAAAGCCAGUUUUUCUUGCAGUCUGUGCUGAUAUCUUAAGGUAUAAGAAUUAAUCAUUGAAUACGUCUAAAAUUGGUGACAAAAUUUCACCUUGCGCGAUGCAUAAAACUAUACAUUAAUGCAGUAAAAAUAGAAUUUUUGAACAAGAACACAAAGUCAUGCUUAUGAGAUAAAGUAAUUCUGGUGUAUUUCACUUUAAACAUCAUCAAAAUCUGUCUUUCAUGCGCUAGUUAAAAUUCUUAGAAAAAAUAUGUUUUAAAAAGGUUAUUUGAAAAAAGCACCACUUACCAGUGUGUUUAACCCUUUGCAUGCUGGGAAAUUAGUCGUCUGCUAAAAUGUCGUCUGCUGAAUUUCUAAAAUUAGCAUUUUCUUCAAUUUUUUUCAAAGAAUAUUAUCAGAAUAGCAAACAGUUUGGAUCCUGAUGAGACGCCACGUUCUGUGGCAUCUCAUCUGGAUCCAAACUGUUUGAACAGGCCUUCAAAAUUCGGUUCCCGCACUGAAAGAGUUAAUCCAUGAACAUUUCAUUGGGAACCCCACAAACUCACCUGAUCCUGCACCCUGAUUACAUAUCUAUAUAUAACCUGGCAUAUUGUCAAUGAUAUUUCCAACAGUAAAUUGGACAUUUAUUUUUGUUAGAGAGCAUGUAAUAUGUUUGGCGAAUUUGUCAGUCUGUCUGAACUAUCACUACUUUGUCAAUUUAUAGGAGUUAUGUAUUUAAAUGGAGUAAUUGUGAACUAGGUGUUCUUUGUACACGAUGUUGUACUAUAUUAUUUGAUAUACAUGUUAAAUUUGUAUCUUAUUGUAUUCAAUUUCAUUUUUGUGUUAAAGACAAUUUAACAAAUAUGGCACAGAAAUGGCAUUUUCAUUGUAAAUGUUUCUUGCGAAAGUACAUAACUAUGACAUAGUGUUAAAAGUAAUUGUGAAAUGUUCUUGUAGUCAUUCCACUAUAAUCGUUAAGUGAUUUUUCGUACUGUCACAUUGGUUGUAUGGCUAUGUUCGUAUAUAAUAUAGUUACUGUGUUGAUGCAAAAGUACCUUUACUAUUAUGUUUAUAGUGUAUAUUAAAUUUCUGCAAUAGGAUAA